ACCCAUAGGCAGCAGUUAUGAGCAAUAGUAUCUAUGAGCGGGUCGCGUCUGCAGCCAUUCCGUAGUAGGAGUGGAUCACUAUUUGGCACUUCCCCGUGUGUCGCGAACGCUCUGAUGGAGGCGGAAAGAUCCGGCGGGGUCGCGGGAGGAACGAACCAGAGCCCCGCAGGAAGCGGAGCGGGGCGCAAUCCGAACGGGCCGAAGGCUGUGCUCAGUCCCGCUCCUACCGCAGCCGCCGCCGCGGCAACCGGGGCGAUGGCUGGAGCCUCCCAGCCGCGAGAUCCGCAGGACGGGGACGCGGGCCUCUCGCUGCCCGGCAUUUUACAUUUCAUCCAGUACGAGUGGAGCCGCUUUCAAGCCGAGAAAUACCGCUGGGAGGCCGAACGAGACGAGCUGAGGGCUCAGGUGGCGUUUCUUCAGGGUGAGAGGAAAGGUCAGGAGAACAUGAAGCAGGAUCUGGUGCGGCGAAUCAAGAUGCUGGAGUACGCUCUGAAACAGGAGAGGGCCAAACAUCAGAAGCUGAAAAGUGGGACUGACCAAACCUCCGGAGAGAAGAAACCAGAGACAGAAGCUGAACCAAUACCCAAUGGGCCUGCAGAUUCAGAUUCGGAACCAACCAAUCAAAUGCCUUGGAAGGAGGGCCGUCAGUUAUUGCGCAAGUACCUGGAGGAGGUGGGAUAUUCCGACACCAUCUUAGACAUGCGCUCCAAACGCAUUCGUUCCCUUCUGGGUCGCAACAGCCCAGAGGCGAACGGGCCUCCUCCCAGCGAACCGCCCGCAGAACCAGAACCUCACGGUGGAGGAGAGUCACUACUAGUGCGCCAGAUAGAAGAGCAGAUCAAACGCCGUGCUGGAAAAGAGAGCUCUAAAGAGCGGAUGGGCAGCUCUGUCCUGGAUAAAAUUCCUUUCCUUCGUGGCUGUGAGGACGACGAUGAAGAUGACAGUGAUGAAGAGGAGGACUUCCAGGGCAUGACUACAGACUGCAUUGACGGCCGCAAAAACAAGAAGUCCAGGAGCAAGAAUGCCGGAGAACCAAUGACCACAGAUCUUGAUCCUGAGGAUGAUGACGACGAAGAUGAUUCUGAGGACGCUCUGGGCGAGUUCGAUUUCUUGGCCUCAGGAGAGGAAGGCGAAGGGGCGGGAGAAGCUCGCAUAUCUGGAGACGGCCGUGAAUUAGGUUCAGAGAACCGCCGGAACAAGAUGCAAGGCAUUAUGUCAGAUUUUCCUCCCAAACCUGCUCCACCUCCUUCUAUCCCGGGCCAGACGCGCUCCGGAGAGGGGGGAGCUCUUGGUUUCUCAUCUGAUGUCUUCAUUCUGGAUGCAGUUGGAGGAGGGGAUAUGAACCUCGGAGAGCUGGCUGACCUUACUGUUGCCAAUGACAAUGACCUCACCAUUGACUUGCAGGAGAGUCGAGAAGAGUUCAAAAAAACGUGGAACCCUCGCUUCACACUACGAAGCCACUUCGACGCCAUCCGAGCGUUGACCUUUCACCCCAUCCAGGCCGUGCUGCUGUCCGGUUCUGAGGAUGGAACGCUCAAGCUGUGGAACCUCAACAAGGCAAUGCACUCCAAAAAAAAUGCAGCGCUGGACGUUGAGCCCAUUUAUACAUUCAGAGCACACAGUGGUGCUGUUCUUUCUCUGGCUAUGGGGGAGGAAGGAGAAUCGUGCUUCAGCGGGGGUUUGGACAGCACCGUGCGCGGUUGGAAGAUUCCUGACCUUAAUGUGGAUCCUUACGACAACUAUGAUCCAGGCGUGGAGAGCAGCGUGUUGUCGGGCCAUGAGGACGCGGUGUGGGGUUUGGCCUACUCCUCCAGCCUGAAGCGUCUGGCCUCCUGCUCUGCAGAUGGGACUGUGCGGAUCUGGGACCCCCAUAAUUCCUCACCGUGUGUGUCUGUUUUCAACAAGGAGAAAGAGCAUGGCACGCCCACCUCGGUUGCCUUUGUAAACUCUGACCCAUCCCAGGUUGUUGUGUCCUUCGAUGUGGGUGAGACUUUGCUUUAUGACCUCAACACAGAGCAAAGCAUCAUGGUCCUGGAGAAUCAGGCUAAGGAUGGCAGUGAGCUGAUCAACCGCGUGGUCAGCCAUCCGACCCAACCGAUUUCCAUUACAGCCCACGAGAACCGCACCAUCCGCUUCCUGGACAAUAAGACAGGGAAAGUGAUUCAUUCCAUGGUGGCUCACCUGGAUGCUGUAACCUGUCUUGCCACAGACCCUAAAGGCACUUACCUCAUCUCCGGCAGUCAUGACUGCUCUGUGCGCUUGUGGAUGCUGGACAAUCGCACGUGUGUGCAGGAGAUCACAGCACACAGGAAAAAACACGAUGAGGCCAUUCAUGACGUGGCCUUCCACCCCUCGCAGCCCUUCAUCGCCAGUGCAGGGGCCGACGCACUUGCCAAGAUCUUUGUUUGAUUUUCUCACUGGGGAUCCACCCUCACUACUGGGCCAAAAGAGUGAAACGCCGAGUAUCCGCACACACACUCACACACACUUGCUCACUAAACAGGGGAAACAACAAUCUACACACACAACCCAAUAACCCAUAAUUUUUUAUGUGAUACAAACUCUACUGCAUUAAAUACUAAUGAGUUUGCUGCUUAUGUGCUAAUUUCAGUUUUAGACCACACUACUAAUAACCUCCACAGUGUGUUGCAAGGGAUGUCCAAUCUGUUGACGGAUGGACCCACACAAACACACCUUAACACAACACACACCCUGGAUUUUAAUUUCAUGCUCUGUGUAGGUUGAGGAUUUGAAGGCUCUUGGUAAACAAGACAUUACCCAAGCCUGCACAUUUUCUCAAUGCAAAUUGCAUUAGUGCUAAUCUGUGAAUUAAUGUCCUCGCGUAACUGUUGCCUGGUAACGUGAGGCGAUCAAUGCAUUUCAUUCCAAAGACUGCUUUAGAUGAGUUUUUGGGUUGCGUUUUAGCUGCAAGUACAACACAGCUUUACCUUUAGCCUCACAGCUAAGAGCCUUAGUGUUUUAGCCUUUCAUAAUCAGUUCAACACAUUUCAUUCGUAUGACUAAGUACACUUUGAACUAAAACCAAACACGUGUAUCUGCGUGUGUGCGUUUGUGACGGUGCUAACACAAGCAUUUUGCAAUCGCCGUUUUCGUUCAUAUCCAUUCAGGUGGCGUUAUCCGUAAUAGUCAGGUGACUGUUGAGUAGUGUAUUUAUUGUAGUGUUCGGUAUCGGACGGAAGACUCUCUGGGAAGAUCUGCAGUUGGAUGCGCAACUGAUUUCUGUAUAUAAGCGAGAUGCGCUGUACAUAGCACACUUGUUUCACAACCUUGGUGCUAAGAUCUCCUCUGAAUCAGGGACCUGUACACGACGAGGGUCGUAAAGUAUCAAAUCUCGGUUGAUGCCUGCCAUUCCUCAGAGUCAUCACGUACGGUUCUUUGGCAUUUCAGAAAUACAGCAAGUGUGUCUGGAAAUUUCAAAGUACUUCUGGUGUGCCCAAGUGACUUUUAAGGUUUUGUCAGGGUAUUUUUAAGACGAUUAACUCUAUAUCCACCCUGGAGGUUCUUUGGUUGGGGAUUGUCGCCAAUAAAAAAAAUGUAAACCAACUACAAGUUCCAGUGUUUCAGUACAAGUGUAUUGUUGAUUGCUGAGUUUUUAGACAUCUGUGAUCUUUACCCAAAAGUGGAGAAUGAAGGGCGUUGUAAGUGAUGAAACUAGUGCCGCCCAGUUUCAGUUGACUUACAAAGAGGUCAAAGCCCAGUAGUGAAACUUGGACAAAUUCAAAGAGUCCUCUUGAUGGGUUUUGUGCUGUUAGUCAAUGCAAGGUGUUUCAGAGUAAAACAGCCCAGAGAAAAGAGUGAAAAAUAAAAGUGGGGCACCUUGCUUCUUAUUGGCUAAGCAAGGAAUCCAAGAUGCAACUCUGAAACCUGAUGGAGGAAACCAAGGUGAGAUGAAGAAUCAGACCUGAAUCUGAUCUUUAGGUUUCUUUGUCGGAGGGAGCCUGGUCUUGAGGUCUGGAUAUCAAAGGUCACAUCUUGUAUUAGCCAGUUUCCGUUUUGAGGGGUUUAUUUUUAUCCUUUACUGGUUUUCCAUGGUCACAGACAAGUGCCCAGAAGCGACAAAAAGACUGAUGGGCCAUAAAGAGCGCUCUUGCAUAAUGGAGCCAAGUCAGUUCGUAACCAGACCAACUCGGAAAACAAGGUUGGGGGUGUGAUUUUUUUUUUUUUUCUUUAAUGGACAAGGUUAUGUCUUGUGUCCCUUGUCCAAUAUCGAGACCACCAAUUCAUUUUGGGCUAUUCGCCUAGUCAGUGAAUGUCACAUAACCACAGACUUGCGUUCAGUGGAAUACAUAAUCCUUUGCUGCUUACCUCUUACCUAGUAACUUCGCACCACACUAACACACUAAUGGUUAGCUUUAUGCUACACUGCACGUGUAGGAUCACACGAACGGUUCGGUUCAUCCAUGUAUUGCUGCAUCGUUAUGUUUUCUUCCAAAGACUGCCGAUUGCAUGGGUGUUUAGCCGAGUCCUGCUGUCUCUUUUGUACACCUCUAUUUACGCACCCCUCGAUGCAAUACGAGUCUUGAAAUUACAACGACAAAACACAUUCCUUACCGAGAAUCUGUUUAUAAAUAAAAAGUAAAAAUUGAAAGAAACCGAAAAUGUGUUUGAAAAGCUCCCAAUGCAAAAUGUAACUUUCCCAUUUUCUCACUUAUAUGCUUUUCUUUACUAGACAUUUUAUUAUGAUUACUAGUAAUAAAGUGUAAGACGACCGUAGUACCUUUUUUUGCUAGGCUUAAGACUCGCUUGUGAUUGUGCAAAAGCCUAAACUUUAAGAAAAAAAAAAAAAAGAGAAAAAAGAAAAAGUUUCA